AAACGCGCUGCUACUGUAACGCUGCUGGGCUUCGGUUCCUGUGCCAGUCUCGCGUAAAACCUUCAUAGGAGAGCAAUGAGCGCGCGCGCGACGAUCUAACGGAGAGCUGCUGAUGAAAAAGGCGUGAUGUCAAGCCGCUAUCCGUGUCAGAGGACUGGGGGAAUGUGCCGUGCACUUGGCAUAUGCGCUUGUGAAUGACCAUCCUCCGGCAUCGACCGAUAAAGCGUUGAAUUUUGCUGCAUAGAUCAGUUACCUGAAGCCGCGCGGCGACCGUUCAUUCAUCAUCUCGCAUGCAAGAAAUCUUCGAGGAAUUGUGAGAAAUUUAUUGAAGGUGCCUAUACCUUUGAAGCUUCGGCAUUCAUUCGGAUGUGGAUCUAUCUGUCAAAACUGAGCUGAACGCAGAGGCAUCUUUUGACUGAACAUUAGAUAGCAUCCUCAGCUUUCUUCUGGAUUGUAGAAAAAUGUGAAGACCCUGGUAAAGCACCGGACCACAAAGUUAUCCUUCAGACUACGAGGACGGAGGUUGAGCCUUCUGAUACUUCUUUAAACUCUUCAUUUUCUAACCUGACGGGUCCCUCGGACCAUGGAGGGACAGCGGGAUUCACAGAGGACUUUGAAACAAAGCCCUAGACAGGGUUCCACAUUGUCCUUUACGUGCUGGUUGUUAGUCUUAAUAUUGCCUGUAGUGUGCUGUGAACAGUCCUUUACAACAUUCCACCCUGAGCGACGAGAAUGGGCCUUCAACCACCUGACAGUUCACAAGACGACAGGAGCAAUCUACAUUGGUGCUGUCAACCGUGUCUACAAAUUAUCGGGCAACUUAACACUCCUAGUAUCCCAUGACACUGGUCCGGAAGAUGACAACAAGGCCUGCUACCCUCCACUAAUUGUUCAGCCUUGCAAUGAACCACUGGUUUCUACCAACAACAUCAACAAACUCUUGCUCAUUGACUACUCUCAAAAUCGACUACUUGCCUGCGGAAGCCUCUACCAAGGUGUCUGCAAACUUCUACGGUUGGACGACCUCUUCAUCUUGGUGGAGCCCUCUCACAAAAAGGAGCACUACCUUUCCAGUGUCAACCAGACUGGUACCAUGUAUGGAGUCAUUGUGCCUUCGCAGGGCAAGGAUGGGACCCUCUUCAUUGGUACCGCUGUGGAUGGGAAACAAGAUUACUUUCCGACUAUCUCCAGCCGGAAACUUCCUCGUGACCCGGAGUCUUCGGCAAUGCUGGACUACGAGCUACACACUGACUUUGUUUCAUCUCUCAUCAAGAUUCCCUCUGACACACUGGCUUUGGUGUCUCAUUUCGACAUUUACUACAUCUAUGGCUUUGCCAGUGGGAAUUUUGUCUACUUUCUGACUGUGCAACCAGAAACACCUGAGAACAGCAUGUCUUCCAGCGGGCCCUCAAACGACCUGUUUUACACCUCUCGAAUCGUCCGACUCUGCAAAGAUGACCACAAAUUCCACUCCUAUGUGUCGUUGCCUAUCGGUUGUGUCCGAAACAGGGUUGAGUACCGCCUUCUGCAGGCGGCCUACCUGGGCAAACCUGGGCGAGUGCUUGCAGCGUCCCUUAACAUUAGCGCUCAGGAUGAUGUGCUCUUUGCUGUAUUUUCCAAAGGUCAAAAACAGUACCACCAUCCACCUGAUGACUCGGCCCUCUGCGUCUUCAGCAUCCGGGACAUCAAUGCACGGAUCAAGGAGCGUAUGCAAUCCUGCUAUCAGGGAGAGGGAAACUUAGAGCUCAACUGGCUGUUGGGAAAGGAUGUACCUUGUACCAAAGCGCCUGUCCCUAUUGAUGACUCCUUCUGUGGUUUGGACAUCAACCAGCCCCUUGGCGGCUCUCAGCUGGUGACCGGACACACGCUUUAUACGGAAAGCCGGGACCGCAUGACCUCGGUGACCUCCUACGUCUAUAAUGGCUACUGUGUGGCUUUUGUUGGCACCAAGAGUGGACGACUGAAAAAGAUUCGGGUUGACGGUCCUCCUCAAGGUGGCGUCCAGUAUGAAACUCUGCCGGUGAUCAAAGAUGGAAGCCCUGUUCUCAGAGACAUGGCCUUUUCCCUGGACAACAGCUUCAUCUACGUCAUGUCGGAGAGACAGGUCACACGGGUGCCGAUCGAGUCGUGUGAGCAGUACGGCACAUGCGGAGAGUGUUUGAGCUCAGGAGAUCCUCACUGUGGCUGGUGUGUGCUGCAUAACAUGUGUUCUCAAAGGGAUCGUUGCGAGCGGGCAAACGAGCCGUACCGUUUCGCUGCCACACUGAGUCAGUGUGUGAAAGCCACCGUGUACCCGGACAGCAUCGCUGUGUCUGAACCCAGUGUACCGCUGCUGGUGAAAGUGACAGAUGUUCCGGAUCUUUCUGCUGGAAUCACCUGCUCCUUCGGGAACCUGACGGAGGUUGAGGGCAGAGUGGAUGGGAAUCAGAUUCUCUGCACAUCUCCCGCUGCUAAAGAUGUCCCCAUCAUCCCCACAGAUCAAGACUGGUCGGGUGUCGAGCUCAGGCUGAACUCGAAGGAAACGGGUCAGAUGCUAAUUAGCACAGAGGUGAAGUUCUACAACUGCAGCGUGCACCAGCUGUGUCUUUCCUGUGUAACCAGUUCCUUCCGCUGCCACUGGUGCAAGUACAGAAACCUCUGCACCCAUGAUCCCUCCAGCUGCUCCUUCCAGGAGGGACGCGUCAACGCCUCAGAGGACUGUCCUCAACUGGUCCGCUCUGAGGAGAUCCUGAUCCCGGCAGGGGAGGUGAAGCCCAUCACCCUGAAAGCCCGGAACCUUCCCCAACCCCAGUCGGGUCAGCGCGGCUACGAGUGUGUGUUACACAUACAAGGAGUCAAUCACAGAGUCACAGCGCUCCGAUUCAACAGCUCCAGCGUACAGUGCCAGAACAGCUCGUAUCUGUAUGAAGGGAUGAGAAUUAGCGAACUGCCGGUGGAUUUCUCAGUGGUGUGGAAUGGAAAUUUCAUCAUUGACAAUCCUGAGAACAUCAAAGUGAAUCUGUAUAAGUGUGGCGCUCAGAGGGACAGCUGUGGCGUGUGUUUGAAGGCUGAGAGGAAGUUCCAGUGUGGCUGGUGCAGUAUGGAGGGCCGCUGUACCCUUCGCCAGCACUGUCCCAUGUCCAACCCCUACACCAGCCGCUGGCUACACCUCGCCAGCACAAACGUGAAGUGCACCAACCCUCGAAUCACUGAG